CAUUUCCUUCCCCUAUUCAAUGGCUUCUCAUGGCUCAAAGACGACCUCACUCGAAGAAAAGAACUGGUUGCAUCAACUGCAAGAAACGGCAUAUCAAGUGUGACGAGUUGGGCCCUCCCUGUGCAAAUUGUCGGGUUCGAAAUGUGGACUGUGGUCUAGCGCUACCUGCACAAAACACAAACUCGCCUCAGCCGAGACCUCAGCCUGCAGCAGAGGAAUGCCCUCAAGCAUCAGUCGUAGUCGUCGGUGACAGAAUUCUAGAGCUAGAGCUUUUUCAUCGUUGGUCAACCGACACUUGCCGCACCUUCAGAAUCACAUCCGACGAUAUCGACGUCUGGCGCCUGAUGGUGCCCCAAGAGGCCUUGAGAUACGACUUUCUCCUCAACGCCAUCCUCUCCGUAACAGCUCUACACGUUGCUACGACCACAAGUCCCACCAGGUCCCGUGCCUACCAACUUGCCGCCUUGGAGUAUCAAAAUUUGGCCAUCAACACCUUCCAGGCAAGCAAUCUCACAGUGACGGCAGCCAAUCACCAAGCCAUGUUUGCCUUCUCCGUCUUGAACAUGGCGCUUGCCCUGGCUCUGCCGUAUCACUUGUCACGCGAUAAUGACCUCACAAACAUCCGAGAAGGGCUCCCUACUAUGUUUGGGCUCCUGCAGGGUGUGGUUUCCAUCUUUGCCUCGUCGCGGACGUGGCUGAGCACCGGUGCUUUUCAGGGGUUGGUCGCCCGACAAAUGCCAAAUGUGCCCCGAGAGGAGUUGGACCACGCACAUAGAACAGCCAUGGAUCACCUGCGCUUGGCCAAUGACGAAGGGUAUCGGUUACUUUGCUCCGACCCUUCUUCUUCUCCCCAAAAGGCCGUAUCUUACCACGAGUCAAAUCUUGCUGCAAUCGAAAAGCUGGAGCAAUGUUUCCUCUGGAACUCUGACGCCGACAACGUGGUUUGUUUGAGGUGGCUGGCAACACUAGAGGGCUCUAUUAUCGACGCGAUAAGUAAUCGCGAACCAGUUGCCAUGCUUGCGAUCAUGCAUUGGGCCAUAUUGCUGGACAGACUCGGUGAGAACCGCUGGUGGGGAAAGUCAUGCGGGAAACUGCUGGUCACCGAGCUGUCGAUGGUCCUGAAUCCUUUAAAGCCACAGUGGGAGCCCGCGAUUUCGUGGGUCCAUCAGCAAGUUGGUCUGCCUGCAUUGGCGUAGAAGGCGAAGUCUUCCAGUUAUGAUAGCCGGCGAACCUACCACGUACUUGGAAUGUUCUUUGUGUACGCACGACCUGCUGCGCCUUCAGCUCAUGCUGUGACUCAUGCUGUGCUCCUUACGAGCGUGAACUACCCCCACGACUUGCGAGCGUACAACGAGAUGUGUCAC